AUGGAAAGAGCACAACUGCUAAUAAACUUCGAUGGAUGCUGCCAAUUCAAUCGAAUCUCGAUUUGGAAGGGUUUAGUGAAGAGGAUUUCUAAAAGGAAAAUCACUGUCGAAAAAGAAGAUGAACAGAGUCAAUUGUUUCACAUUCGAUCCCUGGAACAGAGUGAUACCGGGACAUACUCGUGUUUGGACGACAAAAACCACACUGAUUUUCUCUAUGUUUUUGUGGAAGGUUUAUAUGAUUUUCUAAAGCCCAAAACCUAUACACUCGAUGUCACCUCAUCAAAAUUUCUUCUUCCGUGUCGAUACGCGCAAAUCGGUCAUUGGCCAGUUUGGCCCUCUUUGUUUGUGGACGGAGAGGAAUGGUUGAAAGAUAGUAGAGAGCGAGAUGCUGUGACGUUUGACUCACGAUACGGCUUCGAAAUAGAUUUGGUCAAACUGAACAGGAGUUUACCGAUGGGUAGUGGCCACUUCCGCUGUGUGGAUUCCAAGGGCGAUGAAGUCGAGUGGUUCGUGCGGUUUGCUUCAAUGGCCGUGAAAUCUGUGUCAAUGACGAUCCCAGAACUGGAGGCUAUUGCUUUGGCGGUUAACAAACGAAAAAAUCUCACUGUUCAAUGUGAUCUGCGAUUGGACAAUACUACGAGCCAAUUUGAGAACCAAUUACAAAUGCAGUGUCCUCGAUGCAGGCAAAAAGAUGGACCAAAGAUUCAAAAAGAUGUCAAAAAGAUUCAUGGGAAUUCGAGGCUCUUCUCAUUAAGUGUGAUAUUUGAGGAGGUUAAAGCCGACGAUUCUGGUCUAUACACAUGUUCUUGGCCUCAAAAAGUGGUCAACAAAUGGGAUGCAAAGACUCAGCAAACGUCUCCAUUCCGAAUCUUUUCCCCAUUAUCCAGAAUGCACUUUGCCCCACACGCCGAAGAGUUGACUGUUUUUCAAGGAGAGCCCAUCAGAAUAAGAGCAACGAUUCUCCCGAUAGCAGCCGAUUUUGUAAACUACACCUGUAUAUGGUCGUACACAAGAUAUGUCGAUGUUGAAAGACAAAAAGUUUCCUCUUCGUACGAAAUAAAAAGGAUGGCCUGUGGCGAGAGACCAUAUCUGAAGGUCGAUGAAAAAGGUAAAGUGGAAAGUUACACCGAAGAGCUCUUCAUACCGAGUCACAAACUAGCUGCUGGUGGAACCUAUGAAAUCACAUUUCUUGUGAUCGAAGAGCACUAUCAAAAGAUCACGUGGAAAGUCAAAGUCGACACUCCAGUGAAAGAUUUUACUUUCAACGUGCAAUCCUCCGCUCAUUUCGUUCAAUUCGAUAAAAUGUAUCACGUGAUUGGCGCAAAGAUUCAACUUAGCUGUCAUUCGAGGCCACACGUUUUUUGGGACGAAAAACUUCACUUAUUUUAUCAACGAUCAAAUAAAAUCGUCUCAGCAACAAGUGUGACCGGAGCGGAUGACGUUUUUUGGAACACGACCCUUCACCAGGAUCUCAUUGUUGUUUGCAGCAAAAUUGAUACCUUCCAACAAGGUUCAUUUCAUCUCCGAGUCGCUGGUCAACGUCCAGCAGUUUGGAUAAAAAAGGAUCCAGAAAUUAGCGGCGAGGAUCCGAGCAGAAUUUAUCGGGGCGAUGAUAUCACACUAUUUUGCCGAGUUCACAUGUUGGCUGGCAUCUCAAUGUUUUGGAUUCACAACAAGACAGUGCUAGAUGAAAGCAGCAUUGUGCAAAGCAUUGUCGGCGAUUCAGUGCUCUUAAAAAUGACAAUCAAGAAUAUUUCGACAAAUAACUCUGGAGCU